AGCCAACUUCAGUAAUUGUUGUCUAUUGCUAUACAACGAAUAAGCAUCAAUUUGUCUACUUUCAUAAAACUAAUACUUCACUAGUUACUCUUCUGACCAACUGACUUUUAUUUUGUAUAUUAAGUAUUUUUCAUUACCUAAUAGGUAAUCACCUCGAUCAAUGUGUACAACUUAUUAUCACGUGAAAAUAUUGCUCUCUGCUCGUUCUGUUCCGCGAACAACAUUACCGAACGCAACUAUUCUACUAUAAGGACACGUCAGAUCUAUCAAACUUGUAAUGGAACAAUAGUGAUUGAUGAUUAUGGGAAAAAAUAUAUUUGUUACAGUAGGAACAACAAAAUUUCCCAAACUUUUGGACACUAUUAUUAAGAAUGAAUUACUUCGGACUUUUAUAAAGCUAGGUUAUGAUUUUAUACAAAUUCAAACAGGAAAAGAUAUUUAUAAACCUCCAGAUGCAAUUUCUCGUGAAAUUACCAAAGUAGGCGAUUCAAUGGUUUUGAAACUUGAUAAAAUCACCAUAAAAUACGAUAGUUAUAUUGAAAAUUUUGAGGAAGAAAUACUAAAAAGUGAUUUUGUAAUUAGUCAUGCUGGUGCGGGUACUUGUUUAGAGGUACUUAAAGCAAAGAAGCCCUUGUUGGUGGUUAUUAAUGAAGAUCUAAUGAAUAACCAUCAAAUAGAAUUAGCUGAAGAACUACAAAAUAAUGGUUACUUGUACUACAGCACUUGUGAUUCAUUGAUCAAUGUCUUAGAAAAAGAUUUUUCUGCUUUGACUGUAUACCCCAAUCCAGAUACAUUAGCAUUUUCUGAAUAUUUGAAUAAAAGUAUGGGAUAUGUUUGAUAAAAUGUUUUGAGAAUAGUUGCACAUAGUGAAGCAAUAUAAAGGAAAGAUGAUGUGUUUGUAACAAUUUUUUAUUCAACCUCAUUUUUAAAGUUUGCAAUCCUUACAUAACAUAGUGCCGUUUUAUAAACAAAUGUAUAUUAAAG